AUGCGUGUCAUAAGCACGUCCCUCCUGCUGCUCAUAAUUACUUGCCUCUUCUGGUACGUAAAAGCGUGUGAGCCAAAUCAGACUCAGAAUGGAUGCAAGAUUUACGGAUCAUCGUGCACUUGCGGCUUUGGCUGCAAAACCGAGUACAUCUAUAGAACAAGGAGAGCGUGUCUAAGCGCUUUGCGAGAAAGAAGUUCGAACAUCUGUUACCGCCAGCCAUGCGUCCGAGGUAUCUGCAUUCAAACUGUACAAGAGCCAGGAUUUGCUUGCAAAUGUGAAGGCACAGGGUACUAUGGUCAACGAUGCGAGAAAGCUUGUCCAAUUAGUCCAGUUCGAGGUCUGGUGUUCCCUCACGAAUGUGUAGUCAUU